CAGAGCUUGUCAGGGGGAAAACACAUGGAUACAGGGUAAGCAUGGAAGGGGAUAUUGGGUCUCACUUGCAAGUUUGUUAGAAGACAACAUAAUUGAAAGAAGGAGGAAUAUUAUUGGGGUCCAUGCCAUGGCCUCUCUAAGCAGGCUAUUGUUCUUCUUCCAUGCUUUGUUUGUCUCUAUGUUCUUCCUCGUCUCUUUGGAGAACACCACCACUGUCUCUGCCUCCAUUGAUGGUAGAAAAGUUACUGAUGCAGAGAGUACUAACCACCACCACACCAUUAAAGUUAGCUCUCUUUUCCCAACCAGUGUCUGCAACCCUUCUACUACCAAAGUAUCUAAAGGAGGAUCAACUCUCAAAGUUCUGCACAAGCAUGGACCAUGCUCCAAACUCCACAACAACAAAGAAAACACACCAAACCACUCUGAAAUUCUGAAACAAGAUGAAGCUAGAGUUUACAAAAUUCGUUCCCGGAUCGCCAAGAAGUCCAGCCUCAACGAAUUAGAGCAGACGAAGGCCGCAAACCUCCCUGCAAAGUCGGGCAGCAGUCUCGGCUCAGGCAACUACCUAGUUACAGUAGGACUUGGGACCCCAGCAAAGCAGCUUUCCCUCAUAUUUGACACAGGAAGUGACCUAACAUGGACACAAUGUGAGCCUUGUGUGAGGUCUUGCUAUCAACAGCAGGACCCUACUUUUGACCCUUCUGAGUCCACAACUUAUAGCAACGUUUCUUGCUCCUCUUCCACCUGUACUUCCCUAUCUUCUGCCACAGGCAACUCACCGGGCUGCUCCGCUUCGACCUGCGUUUAUGGUAUCCAGUACGGGGACUCCUCAUUCUCCGUCGGUUUCUUCGGCAAAGAACGGAUUACCUUAACGUCGACCGACGUAUUUGAUGACUUUUACUUCGGUUGCGGCCAGAACAACAACGGCCUCUUCGGCAGCACCGCCGGCUUGCUUGGUCUCGGUCGGAACAAACUCUCCUUGGUCUCUCAAACUGCUCAGAAAUACAACAAGAUCUUCUCCUACUGCCUCCCGUCCACUCGCAGCUCUACCGGACACCUCACCUUCGGCGGAUCUCCGUCAUCCUCCGCAAAAUACACUCCUUUCUCCACGAUCUCCAUGGGCGCAUCCUUCUACGGCAUUGAUUUCACCGCCAUCAGUGUAGGAGGCCGCAAUUUAUCGAUCUCGAGCUCAGUCUUCUCCACCGCCGGUGCAAUCAUCGAUUCCGGCACGGUCAUAACUCGUCUCCCACCGGCGGCGUACUCUGCGUUGAGAACGGCGUUCCGGCAGAAGAUGAAGAAGUAUCCGAUGGCAAAGGCAUUGUCGAUACUGGACACGUGCUACGAUUUAAGCAACUAUACAACGAUUUCAGUGCCAAAGAUCGGCUUCUCCUUCAAAGGCGGAGCACAAGUGAAGAUCGAUGCGACGGGAACAUUGUAUGCGAGCAGUCCUUCGCAGGUGUGUUUGGCGUUCGCCGGGAACACCAAUGAUACUGACGUAGCAAUCUUCGGAAACACACAGCAGAAGACGAUAGAAGUGGUGUACGAUGGGGCUGGGGGAAGAUUAGGGUUCGCUCCUGGGCGUUGUAAGUAAGAUUAGCGUGAUUAAGGGAGGUAAGGGUGAUCAGUACUUUAAUUAAUCAAUUAAUGAAUAAAUAGAUUGCAACAUUGUCAAAUAAAAUGGGAAAUAAGAAAAGAUAUAAAUUGCUAUUCCCAUUAACCUCACGAGAGAAA